UAAAAAAUACAGAGGUGUCAUCUGAGGUUGAAAAGUCCAGCUUGACGUUACGACAUAAUAAAUUAAUUACAUACUAAUUUAUUUCAUUAUAGUUCUUAUAAGCACAGUGUAUAUGCCUCAAAAUAGCAAUCAAGAGGUGAUAAGAAAGUUGUUCGUCUUAAAGUAAUUAGAUAAAUAAGACAAACACAUAGAUUUUUAGUAUCUUAAAGUUACUCGCAGUGUUAAGACGAAAAAAAAUUAAUGAAAGUAAAAUGAAGUUAACAACAAUUAGCAUCUUGAUUCUUUCUAUAUGUUAUAAUCUAGAUACAUCAGCUGAAGAGUUUCGCCCUAGAGUAACAACACCUCUAGGAGUUAUCGAAGGAGGUGUAGGAUUAUCAGUCAACCUAAAUCCUUACUUUAAAUUUGAAGGAAUACCGUAUGCAAAACCACCAGUAGGAAAUUUAAGGUUUGAGGAACCUGAAGAUCCAGAACCGUGGAAAGGUAUUUGGAAAGCAAAUUCCUUAACGACAUGUAUGCAAUACGACCAUUUCGAAAAAGAUGUCCAAAAUAAUUAUCGCGUUCAUGGUGAUGAGGAUUGCCUUUACGUUAAUGUUUAUACGCAUUCCUUGAGCGACAAAGCAAACUUGGAUGUUCUGGUUUUCAUCCACGGGGGCGCUUUUAUGUUUGGAAGAGGUGCCAGCUAUGGACCGGAAAUUAUCAUGGACAGAAAAAUAGUUUUUGUUAAUUUCAACUAUCGACUGGGACCGCUAGGAUUUCUAAGCACCGAAGAUGAGGUGAUACCCGGAAAUAUUGGUUUAAAAGACCAAAUAAAGGCUUUGAAAUGGGUCAAGAACAACAUACAAUACUUUGGAGGAAACCCCGAUUCUAUUACAAUCUUUGGACUGUCUGCUGGUGGUGCUAGCGUACAUUUUCACUAUUUCACUCCUGAAUCCAAAGGAUUAUUUAAAGCUGGCUUUUCGCAAAGCGGUUGCAUGUUGAACUCGUGGGUCCUCGCAGAAAACUCCAAAGAAAAAACAGAAAAAUUAGCAGCUCUUGUUGGUUGUCCCACCGAUGACUCGAAAACCAUAUUGGACUGCCUUAAAUCAAAACCUGCAAGACAAAUUGUUCAAGCCGUAAAAGAGUAUCAACCGUUCCUUUACAAUCCAUUUUCACCGUUCGGUGCAGUGGUAGAUGGGAAAUGGUCUAAAAAUCCAGUUCUUCUAGACCACCCUUAUAAACUUCUUAAGCAAGGGAAAGUACAAGAUUUACCAUGGAUUAUUUCUUACACGUCUCACGAAGGCCUUUACCCAGCAGCUGAUUUCUACGCAGAUGACCAACAUUUGAUUGAUAUUGAUACAAAGUGGAACGAAAUUAUGCCUUUUGUUUUACAUUACAAUGAAACUAUAGAUCAAAAGCUGAAAGACGAAGUAUCCCAGACGAUCAGAGAUCAUUACUUAGGAAACAAUCCUGUCAACAAAGAAACCUACAACAGUUUGGUUCAACUUAUAGGAGACCGUCUUUUUGUGGCAGAUAUUGAAGCCUCAGCAAGAUUACACUCAGCAGUUACUGAGUCUGAGGUUUAUAAUUAUGUGUUCUCCUACAGAGGUGCAGUUAGCAAAUCAAAUGUCAGAACACAAUCAAAUGUCAAUAUAGGUUCUUCUCAUGGAGACGACACAAUUUACACAAUGAAAACACAGUUAGAUACCCUAUCAACUGAAGAAGACAAACAUAUGAGCAAAAUACUGCUUGAUUUGACAGUAUCGUUUAUGAACACUAGAAAACCCAACAUCACUUCAUUGUGGGAGCCAGUGAAGAAAUCACUUGAAGAGACCCUUCAUCAAAUGAAAAUUGAAAGUCCUACAAAAAUUUCAAUGAACUAUCCAAACGAGGUUGGGGAAAGAAGUUUUUGGCACUCGUUACCGUUAAUAGAGAAUCACUACUUAAACAGUAUUAUUAAAGAUGAGUUGUAGGAAAAUGUCUUAUAGUAUUAUGAAAGCCAAAAAGAACAUCUGUAAACAUAACAUUAUUUUUUAUUAAAAAAUAUCUUUCAAAUAUGAACAAAUUAGACAUAUUAAUCUGUUUUACCUUAACAAAAAACUAAUAAAUAAAUACAAAAUAAAGCUGUUUAAUUCUUUGUUUCAACUUGUACAUAUUAAAUUAAUAACUAGUUUGAAGCUUAAAGUAUUUUUACAGAUAUUAUACAGAUAGAACUCUUUUGUCUUGUGAAAAUAUAUCACUAUUUAUAAGAUUUUUUGUAAAUGAUAUUAAUAAAAAGUUAUCACA